AUGCCUGAUCGCAGGGCGAUCCGGCCCAUCCCGCACAAGAAGGCCGUCCAGUGGAGGGCAUACGACGGCCUGCUGGCUGGACUGGCGGAGCUCAUCCAGGAACUCCGCGACUACGAGGACACGAUGGGCAACCGCCAGGGCCCGAAUGCUCCUGUGGCCGCCGCGGAGGCCUACGCUUUCUGUAAGCGGAAGAAGCAGCGCACUGGCCCGGAGUCAGCGGCGGUGGUGGGCGGCGACGACGAGAUGAGUGACAAUGAGGUUGUGGUUGUGGAGGAUGACGAGAGCGCUGGCUCUAAGAAGACGGCCGACGACCCGCCGAUGCCCGUAGGGAAGUGCACGGCAAAGGCGGCCGACGACAAUGGAUGCGGUGACGACCUGCAUUGGACCUGGCCUGACCAGCCUGAGGUUGGGCUCAGUCAAGCACGGCUGUCGGCCUCUGGCACAAUGCCGGAGCAUUUCAGCAAAUGGAAGCUGAACAAGGCUGAGCAGAAGUCAGUCGAGGAAGAGGAGAAAAGGAUCUAUGCGGAGCGCAAGACUGCUGGCGAUUCAGACGAGGACGCUCAGAAGGCAGCUUCAGAAGCCGCGGCGAAGUCGAAGGCUCUGAAGGAGUCAAAGAUGGUGAAGAGCCAGGUCAAGAAGAGCCAGCCACAGUCGGCGGCGGCGGCUAUCGAUGCUCCGGAAACGGCGCCUCAGAACAACACCCAGUACUACGAAGCGCUCAUCGACGCCGUCAACGUGAUCCUUCAGUGCCCCACCUUCGUUGACCUUCAGACGACCGCUGCGCCGCUGCCGAUCAACACCAAGCCGGGAGAAGACCAGUCAGGAGUUCAGGCAGUUUUCGACCCACGGGAGUGCAAGGCAGCAUUGACGAAGGAAGGAUGCUACAGGGCCGCGAUCAACUUGAUGUGGAUUGACCCAUUUGGGUCCACAACGCCCACAGUACCGCUCAGUGUGGAGAGGGUCCGGGAACUCGGGCAAUUUGCUUGUCCCGCCGGGGAUGCAAAGCACUUGACCGAGAACUUCACAGUCGCGGUCGACAGCCUGGACCAGGACAUGCUGGAUAGCAAGGGGAAGUGGAAGGCUGUGAGCCCGGAGGAAAUGCAGCACGCCCUGCUGUUCACCUUAGCGGAUGUCAUCAAAAACCAGGCGCCUGAUGAGAAGCUUGCUGCCUGGCGCCGGGUCUUUUUGUCGGCGCCGGCAGUGUUCAAAGUGGUGGGCGGGGGAGACAGCUUGUACUGGCACAGCUUCCACCGGAGGCAGCAAGUGGUGCAGACUUACGACUCCCUCAAGAGAAGCGCUCGACAACUCGCUUUUGAGGUGACUGCCUUCAAAAACAAGAAGGAGUCCGAGGCUGGCGAGAGACUUGGAGUUAAGGAGGUGCAAGACAUCUUCCGGUCCAAGGCCCUCAUGGCGAAAUCCUCCGUGAAAGGCGACAUGGCGGAUGGAUUCGUGAAGGACUGCCUGUUCGUCUAUGAGAAGUUGCUCGUGGACACAACCUGCAACGAGGUGCUGGACAAGUUGGAGAGCAAGUAUGGCUCGGAGUCGCCAUUGAACUCCCUUCAGAAACUUCGGGUGCUGAUUGAAAAAGCGCAAUGGAUUCUGAAAGUGAUUUGCGACAUGGUGGAGGGAGGAGCGCUUGAGCGCGAGACCAUCACCAAGACCUACCUCGCUGGGACGCCCACAGCCGCAUCGCUGGUCGAGCUGUUGAAGCUGAAGCGAACUGUGGCGCAGCACUUUUUGCAGGUGGAGAUGCCACGCAGCCAGUUCGACACUCAGGACCUUGCCAAGAUCCACUCGAAGAUCAUGACGAUUUGCAGCUACCGGAAAUACGUGACCGCUGCUAACCUUGAAGGUCCAUCUGAAGUUCAAUGGAUGUCUUCGUUGAAGCGCUCCAGCAUGCUUGUGCUGAGGUUGAUCGAGGACAUCCUGUACACGACGACGCUCAACGGCCCCUUGAUUGCUCUUCUGAAGAAAGGAAAGGGAGCCAACCCGCUUGGGCUGCUCGAGAUCGAGACGUUCUGUCUACGAUGGAAGGCUUGCGUGGCAGCAAAAGACAAUGAACUAGCUGCAGAGAAAGCGCUCUACAAGGCGGCCGAGGAGGAGCAGGACGAGCAGGACGAGUGCACGAAGAUCGCGCAGGGCAGCGUGGCUCCGCAGCCUUCAAAGUACCCCAAGGGCUCGGCUGUUGCGAUCUAUGUGUCGUUGCGGGCCGAGCCUCCAACCCAGUCUGCCGUUGCCCGGGCCGUAGGGGAUAGCGGCCUGAAUGGCGACCUCCGCGGCGUGCAGGGCAAGAGCGGUGUCAUGAUCCACUUUGACGCCAACCUGUUUGCAGAGGCCGCCAAAAGGCCUGACCGAAGGUUUCCGCCACUGAGCCCAGCCCUCAUGAAAAAGUUGAUCCACGGCAGCAUCAAGGGCCGCGGCGGCCUGGCGAACAAGAAGGUGGCAGAGGAUCACUUCGACCGUCCAAUUGACGGAGACUUCAUUUUCUUGAACGAUGCUGGGCGGAACGUGCUGGAGAGCCUCUUGGCGCCGUUCAAGUCGAAGGAUGGCAAGGGGGCCUUGGCGCACUACCUGGAGCACACGGAGAUCACGCUGUGCCUCAGCCCAGGAAAGAAGAAACUGAACCGCGGCAUGAUCAACCAGAUUCAGCGCUGGCACGUGAUCAGCACCGAGCCCAUGAAAGAGAUGUACGGAGACAAGAUGAUGGGCGCAGAUUCUGCCGAGGACCCAAAGGAGAAUGAAGAACAGCAGCGAGACGGCGACUCUUAUGAGCCUGCCUUCUUCAACCACUUGCCGGUGACGCUGUACUCAGACGCCCUGGCCGCGUACGAGAUCACAGGCGUGCUGGAUUGCACGCCAGGCGCAGGAGAUCUGGCCAAGGCGGCCUUGCUGCGGAGGAUUCCUUACAUGGCCCUGACCAUGACAGAGACUCACGCUUCGCUUCUCCAGAGUGAGCUGGUCAAGUUUGUCAAGCAACAGAUGCAGACAGAAGGGUCUACGUUCUACGCGCCUGAGUGGGCGACAGCUGGCAAGAAGGAUGCGGAAGCCGAAAAGGGCAAGAAGACGCCAAAGCGGCCGACGCCCGCCCCCGGAGAUCCGGCGCCUGAGCCGGAGCCUAAGAAGCCAAAGACGACGAAUAAGAAGACGGGGAAGGCGGAGAAGAAGCAGAAGAAGGAAAAACCGACUGGCAACGCGCCGCCGGCCUCCCAGCUGAUUGACGAUUCUGAAUCAGACUCGGCCAGCGCCGGCAAGGGCGCUGGCAAGGACAAGGGCGCCGGCAAGGGCGCUGGCAAGGACAAGGGCGCUGGCAAGGGCGCUGGCAAGGACAAGGGCGCUGGCAAGACUGCGCCCUACGCCGCGCCGACGGCUGAGGCAGCGCGCAAAAACCUGGCUGGUUUUCUGCGCGCGCACCCGAACUUCGUGUUCUCGGCUCGCCCCGAGCCGGAGGGGGAAGCGAAGCAGCUCUAUGAGCGACUUGCCGAGGGCAGCACCGGCUUGUAUAAGCAGAUGAUGCGGCAUGCUCGAACUGAAGAGACUCGGACAGUAGUCAACACGGUGAUUCUGCCACGGCUGGCGAACGAGUCGCACUGGAUCGUAGAUCGCAACAAUAGGGUCGAGGUGGACUCUUACAAUUCCGGGGUUUCUAGGGCCAGUGGCUACACAAGCCGCACCUAUAGACGCAGGCAGUAG